AUGAACUUCACACAAUUAGCUGGCUUGGACCUUUCGGCCAACAAGCUUCAUGGUCAAAUUUCAAACUCAGUCUUUAAACUCAAGAAUCUUGAAUUUCUUGAUCUUUCUAACAACUACCUUACAUGCAUUGUGGAGUUUGAUGAGUUUGUUACGCUCAUAAAUUUAACUACGUUGGAUAUUUUUAGUAAUCAAUUGAGCGAGUUUUCGAAUUUUCUAAGAAACCAACAUGAAUUGAAGUACUUAAACUUGUCCAACAACAAGAUUCAUGGCCAUUUCCCAGAAUGGAUGUGGAACACAAGUACUACAAGUCUAAAAUUUCUUGAUCUUUCCAACAACUUUCUUACUGUCUUUGGUCAGCAUCCAAUUUUUCCUCCAUGGACUCGUCUGCAAGUUCUUGAUCUCUGGUUCAAUUUGCUCCAGGGAUCACUUCCUAUUCCACCAGUCUCCACUUUGCAUUUUUAUAUUUCCAACAACUCAUUGAACGGAAAUAUACCAUUUUCUUUUUGCAAUCUGAGUUCUCUUCAAGUCCUUGAUUUGGCUAAUAACAACUUAAGUGGAUCACUUCCUCGAUGGUUAGACAACUUUAGAGCUUUUUCUAUCAGCUUCCAAAUUGUUAGAGGUAUAGAGGAAAACUAUUUGCGUUUGGCUUAUGCUUACUCUAUGAUGAUGAAAAACAAAGGCAAGGAUUUGUUCUAUGAGAAGGUCCAAGAAUUGUUCAUAAACAUUGAUUUCUCAAAUAACAGAUUUGUCGGUGAGAUUCCGGAAUCUAUUGGAAAUUUAAAAGGAGCUCAGUUGCUCAAUCUUUCUAAUAAUGCUUUUAUCGGUCGCAUCCCAUCGUCUUUAAAAAUCCUUGUUGAGAUGGAGUCUUUGGACCUUUCUCAGAACAAAUUUUCAGGGGAUAUUCUACAACAAUUAACAUAA